GAAUCGCGUAUUCUUCUUUCUUGUUUCAGAGUGUUUCCGACAGAGGCAGUUAUACUUCACCUGUGUUUAAAAAAAAAAUUGAUUAAUUCACUCAAAAUGAGGGAAAUUGUGCAUUUGCAGGCGGGUCAGUGCGGCAACCAAAUUGGAGCAAAGUUCUGGGAAGUGAUUAGUGACGAACAUGGCAUCGACCCCACUGGCACAUACCAUGGGGACAGUGACCUUCAGCUGGAGAGAAUUAAUGUGUAUUACAAUGAAGCCACGGGAGGCAAGUAUGUCCCCCGUGCGGUGUUAGUGGACUUGGAGCCUGGUACAAUGGACUCUGUGAGGUCGGGUCCCUUUGGACAGAUCUUCCGACCAGACAACUUCGUCUUCGGCCAAAGUGGAGCUGGAAACAACUGGGCCAAGGGCCACUACACAGAGGGAGCAGAGCUGGUGGACUCUGUUUUGGAUGUGGUGAGGAAAGAGGCAGAGAGCUGUGACUGUCUACAGGGUUUCCAGCUCACCCACUCCCUGGGUGGGGGCACAGGCUCGGGCAUGGGCACCCUGCUCAUCAGCAAAAUCCGCGAGGAGUACCCCGACCGCAUCAUGAACACAUUCAGUGUGGUGCCCUCGCCCAAAGUAUCAGACACUGUGGUGGAGCCCUACAAUGCCACCCUGUCAGUCCACCAGCUAGUAGAGAACACCGACGAGACCUACUGUAUUGACAACGAGGCUCUGUAUGACAUCUGCUUCCGUACCCUUAAACUUACCACGCCCACCUAUGGCGACCUCAACCACCUGGUGUCAGCCACCAUGAGCGGGGUCACCACUUGCUUGCGCUUCCCUGGCCAGCUCAAUGCUGACCUCCGCAAACUGGCUGUCAACAUGGUGCCCUUCCCCCGUCUCCACUUCUUCAUGCCAGGCUUCGCCCCUCUGACCAGCAGGGGGAGCCAGCAGUACAGGGCCCUCACUGUGCCCGAGCUCACCCAGCAGAUGUUCGAUGCCAAGAACAUGAUGGCAGCUUGCGACCCACGUCACGGCCGUUACCUCACCGUAGCUGCAGUGUUCAGGGGCCGCAUGUCCAUGAAGGAGGUGGACGAGCAGAUGCUCAACGUCCAGAACAAGAACAGCAGCUACUUUGUCGAAUGGAUCCCCAACAACGUCAAGACCGCUGUCUGCGACAUUCCUCCCCGCGGCCUCAAGAUGGCCGCCACCUUCAUCGGCAACAGUACGGCCAUCCAGGAGCUGUUUAAGCGCAUCUCCGAGCAGUUCACCGCCAUGUUCCGCCGUAAGGCCUUCCUCCAUUGGUACACCGGGGAGGGUAUGGACGAGAUGGAGUUCACUGAGGCUGAGAGCAACAUGAAUGACCUGGUGUCUGAGUACCAGCAGUACCAGGACGCCACCGCCGAGGAGGAGGGAGAGUUUGAGGAGGAAGGAGAGGAGGAGCUGGCGUAAAGAUGUGUCAUGUGUACUUCACAUGCCUUACUGACAUUUUUCAGUGUCCUGUUUGUCUUGUCUGUCCCUUUUCACCGUGGCCUUCUCAAGCUGUCAACUUCCAGCUUUUGAACCAAAUCUUUAUUAAAGGCAUAACUUUGAUAGCA